GAAAUGUUUGACUACGCGCGAAUUGAAGAUCUCGCUUGUAAUUAGUGUAUGUAAGGAAUUAUCACAGAUAUUUUGGGCCUUUGAGAGAAUGGAAAGAGACAACAUCUGCUCUGAUUUCAGUUGCUCAUAGAGGAACAAGUUUGUCAUGAUGUUGAACAAAGCUAUGAUUCAGAAUGAUGGGGAACAAGAAGAGGAGUAUGGUGGUGUUGUUAACCUUUCAAAUCGUAAUUUGAAGACAAUUGGGCAUCUUCCAAAAGGGGUCUCUCCUUACACUCUCCUUUUAAGUAACAAUGCAAUAUCAAAGGUGGAAAAUUUACAGUACUUCAUCCACUUGCAACAGUUAUCUUUGGCUAAUAACCACAUUGUUGACAUUAAAGGGGUCAGUGCAGCAACUGGUUUGAAAGUUCUUGACCUUAGUAACAACAGUAUUGUCUCAAUUGAAGGUAUCAGUUGGUUAACAAAUCUUGAAUGGUUAAAUCUUUCUGGGAACAACAUUGAGAAAAUCGAAAACCUUGAUAGAAAUACCAACCUGUAUCACUUGGAUUUGUCAGACAAUAGUAUUGCUGUCAUAUCAGGAUUGAAAUCGCUCAGGAAUUUAAAGACUUUAUUGCUGCAUGGAAAUCUGAUAUCUUCCCUGGAAGUCAUUAAAGAAGAAGUAGCACGCACAGUCUGCACGCUUUCUCUGGCUGAUAAUGACAUAUCAGACCUUAAUGAGGUACACUGCCUUGAGUAA